CUAAAUAGCAUAAUUCAAAAUAUAAUGACGUGGGUUGUAGCUACAGUAACCAGUAUAUUAUAUCCAGCCAUCACAAAAUAUGAAGAAAGAGUGCAGAGUAAUACUUAUCCAGUGUCUGAUGACUCAGACCUUUCUUCGGAUAGUUCAAGUUUCUGUAGUACAUGCAGUGAGGGCUUCACAUACAGAAGCUACAUACCUAAAGCAUUUCAAGCAGAUCCAUGUCCUGCCAGUGACAGGCCAGUGAAGAAACCACCCAUACCUUUGAAACCUCCUUCUGCACAUGUGGCAAAAACAGUUACUGGCACAAAAUAUCAAGUGAGGGGACAAUCUCCAUCUUCACAAGUCAAUUACCACAAAACCAGCUUGGAAUAUCCAUUUCCUAAGAUAGGAAGCAGUAAAUCUGAUAGUUACCUGUUAACAUCAUUAGAAACAAGCACCAAAAAAUCGAAAGAUGUUACCACAGAAACAGAUAGUUUAGAGAUUCCAUUUCUAUAUGACAAAAAACCAAAGGCCAUGGAUCAGAUGAAAAAUUUAAAGAAUGUUUUUGUAAACUUUAAAUGUCACUUGAAGGGAGAAACAGAACUUAUUUUAGAAAGUAUUUUUCAAGAAAUAAUAUCUGACUUAACCCAGGCCAUUCCUUCUCUUUCUUCUGUGACUGCUGAAGUUUUUGUUGACCAAUGUGAUACAGAGAGAGAGGACUUGCUCUCAAAUGUUGACAUAUGCUCAGUAGCUUCAGAGAUUGUGGAAAAUAUACUGCAAAGACUGGAGUCCGCUGUUGAGAAACAAUGUGUGCAGAUGUUUUCACAAGAAGAUUUGACAGUUGAUAUUAAAACAAGUUUCUCUGAUAGUGCUGACUAUUUCUCAUCCUUAGAUACAAAACCUUCAGAAGAUACACUGACGUCUACCUUGGAGCCAAUGUGUGAUAUUGCAGAUGAUAUGGUACAUGCCAUUUUAGAUAAGUUGAUGACUCUUACGUCUUAUAAGAAAAGUGAACUUCCUCUUGAAGACACAACUAAACAUUUCCACCAAAAAAUUAAGACAGAGCCAAUUUUUGAUAAAUUUCAUCAAAAAACUGUCCAAAAGAAAUCUGGUCCAGAAUCUGAUGCUGCUGAUCUAAUUGUGAAAGAAAAAUUACAAAACUUAAUAUCAAAUAUUUUUUCACAGUCCUAUCUAGUUGGUUAUGUAGAAGAAGCAAUAAGCACUAUACUAGACUGUGUACAAACUGAACUUAAUAAUGAGAGACUAAUUGCAUCUGAAGAAACAAUAGUACUUCUUCAGCUACUGGAUGAUGUCUUAACUCAACUUCACCAGGGGCCAGCAAAAGCAGGUGUUCAAAAACAUAGACAACCUCGAGUAAGAAAUCUUCCUGAUGCUGAAGAAAAGUAUAGACUCACUAGCACUGGCACAUUUAAUUGUCUUAGAACUAGAAGAUCAUUUCCCCCUAUUAAUGUUCCAGGCAUGGUUCUCUAUUCUGAAGAUGAUGAUGAGGAAAUAGAUAACCUUGUGAGAAGUGUGCUUGAUUCAUCCCUCAGUGAUGAAAAAAUAAAACCACAAGAGCAGAUUCCUAUUCAUUGGCCUACAAGGAGAGACACUUGUUUUGAAUCUAAAAGGAGCAAUAAAGUACCAACAAAACCUACCUCUCAAAGCAAAGUUGGAUCUCAUGACUGCGGAUUAAAGUUGAAGUUAUCUCUUAGUAGUGAAGACAUUAUGAAGACAAAACAUUGCUUGACUAAUGAUGCUUCAAUUUUCAGCCAAGAUCAAAAACAUCAAAUCCAAAAGGCUUCAGAAAACAUAAUUAAACACAUUUUAACAGAAAUGCUCAAUGAUAUGUCUUUUGUUUCAUCUCAUCACCCAGGAAGAAAAAUUGGUCAAGAGACCUCUGCUUUCAUCUCAGAAAAAUCUAAAGGAUUAUCAGAUCAAGAAUGGAUAGAAGAGAUGUUUUCUGAGUCAGAAAUUUGUGCAUUUGCACAUGAAAUAACUGAUUCGGUGAUAAAUAUACUUUAUAAGGCCUCGAAGUGCAUUCCUAAUGCCAUUAAAAACACCAUUUCAUCAGUUCAUCAAAGUUGUCUAGAUCAUCCUGAUACUUCCCAAACAACCAAGGAAAAAUCAAGUAAAAUGCCAUUCAAAGUAUGGUUUGACAGUGAAAAGAAAAUGAAAUAUUUAUCUUCACUCAAUAUAGAGCUUGAAAAGACUUCCCCAUUAAGAUCUCGAGAAUGUGAACCUAAGUAUGUAAAUGAUAUUACUGAUAAGAUCAUUAAUACAAUUUUUAAAAGUCUGAAGUUAUUUGUUUGUCCAAAAUUACAGACAGGUAAAAAGUCUUCACUGGUAGGGAAAUCAUUGCAUUCUCAACUUAGUACUUACACAAUGAAAAUAGUCAAUAUUGUUUUAGAUGCUAUACAGAACGAACUAGAAUUCACCAAGAUAAACCCAAAUCCUAGGGAGACAGACCAUACCAAGUGUUGUACAAGCAAAGGGUGGUUUGCCGAUUCCAAUGAAGCAGUAGACUCCCAUGUCACCGGCUUCAGUGAUGUUAUGGAAAGUCCAUUACUGACAUGUAUUUAUGAACUGAUAUCAAGUGCAAAUGAAGAUCAAACAAAUACUUCCACCUCUACAGAUAAGGCAGUUUCUACAAUGUUCUGCGGGUCUGAAAAUGCUAAUAAACAAAACAUUUUGUCAAGUAAACAGGAUAAAAAUUCUUUUCUACAAUAUUUGGCUACACCUUGUAUUCACCACAGUAUCGUUAAUGGAAAGGAUUUGAAAGAUAGUUCCAAGUUGCAGGUAUUAGAUCGAAUUGGAGAAACACUGCAUGAAAUGUUAAGCAAACUCACAGGUUCCCACCCUGAUUCUCAGCCAUCUUGUAGUCAGCAAAACACAGAGAACUUACGUAAAGAUCCUCCAACACUAUCUAAUGUUCAACUAAUUUCCAAUGCAAUUCUGGAAUAUGUCCUUGCAAAAUUAUGUGAUAUUAACAUAGAUACCAGCAUUGUAAAUUCUGGAUUGAAAACUGGCGCAGAGUCACUUGACAUUGACAACCUAUCAUUUGCUUCAACUAUGGAGGAAAUGGCCAAAUGCAUCAACAUCAUCUCUAAUAUAAUUUCCAAAAUGAUGAUGGGUAAUAAAGAGAUUAAGAAAAAUAAAGCAAGAAAUGAUCUCCCAGCGUCUCCCAAAACAGAGAACUCAAAAGAAAUGUGCCCAAAUAAACUGAAAACCAUUGCAUCAGAUAUUCUUAACAUGGUUUUUGCUAAACUGGAAGGAUUUGCCAAUAGAAAUGUAGAAAAUAUUGGUGUUCUUAAUGAUGAAAAUAAAACAGAGAAUAAAAUGGAUUGGGAAUGUGAAAGCAAAAAUUCUCCCACAGAUUCACAUGAUAAAUCAUUGCAAUCUACUUUAUACACUCAUGCAAAGAAGGCAUCAAGUGCUAUUUUGAAAGCCAUUCAAACAGAAUUAAAUAUUAACCCAUCAGAUUGUAAGAAAAAUACAAAGAACUCGCCACAGGAGACAAAAAUGCUUACAAAUAUAGUUGAUUUAAUUUUGGAUGUAGUAUCUUCAGAUAUGUUUAUUGAACCUGAAUCUGAGCACAGAGACAUUGAAAAUUAUCGAUAUCGACCAAUUUAUGGGAAUUUUCUUCCUGGAGGAGCUGAAACAGGGUCAUUUCUAGAUGAUGACACACAAAAUAAAGAAUUCAUUGGAGAUAGAACAUCACCCACAGAAGAAACUAGAACCCUUUCUACUGACCAGUGGGUUCUAGAAAGAACCUUGAACAAGAUUGAAGUAAAACUCAAAGAACCACACAAAUCUCCAAUUGUUCCCAUUAUAAGAAAUAUUUUGAAUGAAAUUUUUCAAAGUGCAUUAAUCAAUCAAUUAAAUGUUGUUUCUCUCUCACACUCUCAUUUUAGUAGUAUGCCUUAUAAUGUCCCUGUGUCAACUACUCAAACGUCUGCUCAAUUUAUGGAUCCUUUGAUGGGCCCUUUAGUGUCUGACACAGAUGUAACUAAGGUGGUGAAUGAUGUUGUUAGGACUGUAUUUCACAAACUGUAUUCAGCUGCCACGACAGAAAAACAUGAAAGUGGAAACAGAUGUGAAACAAUCAUCUUUUCCACCAAUGUUUCUUAUCGUGAGCAUACCUAUCCAGGAAACCAACCUCUAAGUGUCUUAAAUGGAAAUCCAUGUGACAUUCAGUCGAGCUGGAAUGUUGACAAACAGACAAAAAUAAAUGUAGUUGAAGAUAUUGUGCAGGCAAUAUUAGAAAAUUUAGAAACUUUUGCUGCUUCCAAAGUAGAAUCUCUCUUUCAUCCCCAAGUCAGCUUCAGAGUUCCAGUGACU